AUGGAGCGGCAGCCAUGGGGCUGUGCCCUGGUGGCGGCUACGGGCAAAAUCUUGGGGCCUCUGAAGUUAGGGAGAGGCCCCGAUGUGGGAAAGCCAUGCUUGGAGCCAGCAGCACCUGUCUCCCAGGCCCUCCUACUACUACUGCUGGGCGCCCUGGGUCAAGGCAGCACUCUCAGCCCCAGGUGUGACUGUGCCCACAACUUUCAGAAGAGGAAUGGUCUGUUCUGUUGCAGGGGGUGUCCAGCAGGGCAAUACCUAGCUGCCCGCUGCACAGAGCCUUGUGGCAAUGUCACCUGCCUUCCGUGCCCCCGGGGCACCUUCCUGGCCAGGGAGAACCACCAUGAGACCAGCUGUAUUCGCUGCCAGGCCUGUUAUGAGCAGGCCUCCCAGGUGGCCCUGGAGAACUGCUCGGCAGUGACCAACACCAGAUGCGGCUGCAAGCCAGGCUGGUUUGUGGAGUGCUUGGUCACGCACUGCAUCAGCGGUUCACCCUUCCACUGCCGCCCGUGCCUAGACUGCAGAGCCCUGCACCGCCACACUCGGGUGUCCUGUUCCAGCAAAGACACUGAAUGUGGAACCUGUAUGCCUGGCUUCUAUGAAUAUGGCCACAGCUGUGUGUCCUGCCCCACGAGCACUCUCUGGAGCUGUCCUGAGUCCUGUGCGGCAGUCUGUGGCUGGAGGCAGAUGUUCUGGGUCCAGGUGCUCCUGGCAGGCCUGGUGGUUCCACUCCUGCUCGGUGUCAUCCUGACCUACACAUACCGCCGCUGCCAGCCCUGCAUGCCCAUGGUUCCUGCAGACAGAGCUGGGAUGGAGCCCCUGACUACCCUGCAGGCCACCCACCUCUUACCCCCAGAUAGUGCCCACACCCUUCUGGUGCCAUCCAGCGGCAGUGAGAAGGUCUGCGCCGGCCAGUUGGAAGGCAACAGCUGGACCUCUGGCUCCCCUCAGACCCAGGAAGCUCCCUGCCCAGGGGUGCCAUGGUCCUGGGACCAGCUGCCCAGCAGAGCUCUUGGCCUGGCGCAGCCUUCGCCAGCGCCCCCUGCAGGCUCGGUGGCCAUGCUCCAACUGGGCCCGCAGUUCUACGACGUGAUGGACGCGGUGCCGGCUCGGCGCUGGAAGGAGUUCGUGCGCACUCUCGGGCUGCGAGAGGCCGAGAUCGAGGCCGUGGAGGUGGAGGUGGGACGCUUCCGCGACCAGCAGUACGAGAUGCUCAAGCGCUGGCGCCAGCAGCAGCCCGCGGGCUUAGGCGCCAUCUACGCGGCGCUGGAACGCAUGGGGCUGGAUGGCUGCGCUGAGGACCUGCGCAGCCGCCUGCAGCGUUGCCCAUGACACUGGGCCCACCCGUCAACUGGGGCUUUGGUGGCCCUUGCAGAAACCCUAAGUACCGUUACUUAUGUGUGUAGACAUUUUAUGUCACUUAUUAUGUAUGCCUCUGGCACGGCCCUGCGUAGCAGCGCCAGCCAGCCUCACCCCCGCGGGCCCCUAGGGCCCUGGUUAAAGCAAAGAAGCAUGGAUGCACAUCGGGAGGGGGUCAAGAGACUGCUUGGCUGUUUGACCGCCUGAAUUUGGCCGAGACCGCGGUAUUAAAUCUGUGACCAAAA